CAUAAAGUUCCUGCCAGUCCAAGCGCCCAAAGCCAAAACAUUUUAGCUGCUUUGCCUUGGUGGCGGGAAAUCGAAAAGGCCCCUUCUUGUUUUGUUUCUGAGAAGAAAGAGAAAGAGUGAGCGAGUGGCGACUGUGACUGAGUCUGAGUCUGAGAGUGAGCAAGAAUGGGAUCGGAGGAGGCCAGUAGUGUGCCGAAAUGGGCAUCAAAGCCUUGCAUUAUGGGCAUUGACGAAGCUGGACGAGGCCCUGUUUUAGGACCCAUGGUGUACGGCUGCUUGUACUGUGCUCUCUCCUAUCAGAAAACUCUUUCCUCCUUGAACUUUGCAGAUUCAAAGACACUAAAAGAAGAGAAGAGGGAGGAAUUAUUUGAAAAUUUAAAGGCUGAUGAAUCAAUUGGAUGGGCUGUUGAUGUGAUAGAUCCAAAGGAGCUCUCAGCUAAAAUGCUAAAGAAGAAUAAGAUAAAUCUUAAUGAAAUAUCACAUGAUUCUGCAAUUGGCCUUGUCGUUAGGGUACUAAAUUUGGGAGUUCUUCUAACUGAGGUUUAUGUAGAUACAGUGGGGGAUCCUGAGAAGUACAGAACAAAACUGUCUGAAAGGUUUCCUUCUAUCAAAUUUGUGGUUGCAAAGAAGGCUGAUAGUCUUUAUCCAGUUGUGAGUGGAGCAAGCAUAGUUGCAAAGGUCACAAGAGAUAGAGCUGUGCGAGACUGGGUGCUUGAUGAAACAGCAGAUAACAUCCAAAGAAACUUUGGUUCUGGAUACCCUGGAGAUCCUGAAACCAAGGCCUGGUUAGAGAAUCACAAACACCCUAUUUUUGGAUUCCCGUCAUUGGUCCGUUUUAGUUGGGGUACCUGCACUCCCUACUUCAAGAAUCUUGUUGAAGUCUUAUGGGAAUCUGAUCAAAUGGAUGAAGAUGGUUCUAGCAGUAGUAAUGGCAAGAGGCAAUUGAAAUUAAGCAAUGUUGGGAUAACUUCAUCCAAGAGGAAGAGUGAAGAAAUUGAAUCAAGUGGUAAAGGACGCUGCAAAUUUUUCCAAGCUCGCAAACUUGAGCAACUCACUCAUUUCUAACUCAACACAUUUUUUACAUUUUCUGGUAACUUAUCUUCUUGGAUUCAAUUUGAUGAUUGUAAGAUUAUGCCUUCACAUGCAAUUUUACUGACAUAUAUACAGAAUAGAUAGGGAAUUCCAGGUGUGCUAGAUGUACACUAAUGAAGCGGGAAUUGGCUUUAGUAAUAUGAUUGAACUAGUAUGGAAUAUUAUUACAAA